ACAAACGAUGUAAUGAUCCUUCACUUCACUCGGUGUGCGGCGCUUCAGUUUCAAAUUGGUUUGGUUUCAUCGGUUUCAACGAUUCAUGGAUUCAAACCCUAACCAAACAUUCUAUAAAGAAAUUUGAAGCUGCCACUUUGUAACUGUGACAUCUCCGAAGUAUAAGGUAUCAACAGUAGGAGAAGGAAAAGUAGGGAAGUUGAUUAUGAAGACAAGGAAGAAGAGAAAGAGGCAGAGUAGAAGAGAUAGAGAAGGGAAGAGGGACAGGCUGAGUGAAUUGCCUGACUGUGUUCUGAUCCACAUUAUGGAGUUUAUGGACACAAAGCAUGCUGUUCAAACCUGUGUCUUGUCUAAAAGAUGGAAGGAUCUCUGGAAACAUCUCACUACUCUUGCAUUUAACACAUUCUUCUUUAAUAAUGUUGUCAAUUUCAAGAAAUUUGUGUCUCACGUUCUAUCUAAACGUGAUGAUUCUAUUUCCCUGCUUAAUCUUGAAUUCACUCGUCGCGGUUAUGCUCAGCCCCAGCUCCUGAAUAGGCUCAUGAAAUAUGCCGUGCAGCACAAUGUUCAACAAUUGACAAUCUUUAUAAAUUUGAAUUCUAAACCCAGUUUUGAGUUUCGCCCUCACAUCUUUUCCUGUCAGUCCUUGACAUUUCUUAAGCUUUCUGUUAGUAGUUAUGACCCUUUUAUGAUAUUACUUCCAGAGUCUCUGGACAUGCCAGCAAUAAGAAGCAUGCAGCUUGAGUCUGUCACUUUUACUGCAAUUGUCAAUGACUAUGCUGAGCCAUUUUCUAAUUGUCGCAUGUUGAAUAGUUUGAUACUUGAAGGUUGUUCGUUGCAUAAUGGUCUAAAAUUCCUUCGUAUAUCCAAUUCUAACCUUUCCAAUCUGAUCCUAGAUGGCAGCUUUGAAGCAGGAUUUUUCAGAAUUGAUGUUUGUACUCCAAACCUUAGUUCUCUCACUUUAUCGGGUCAUACUGAUCAUCCACUUUUGUCCAUACCCAAUCUUUCGUCCCUUGAGGAAUUAACCAUCGAGUCACGUGGAAAUUCAUGGUAUCACAAGACACAGUUACUCAUCCUAUGCUGGCUGCAAGGGAUAACUGAUUUAAAGAUGAUGACAGUGUCUCUGAGUGCUCUUGAGUUAAUAGUACAAGAUCUAUCAAAACCUCGUGCAGCGGGCAUUCGACCUCCUUCUUUUGUUGAAUUGAAGACAUUGACUGUGAAGAAGCUACCAUAUGAAGAAGUAUCUGAUGAUAUAUUAAAGAUAUCAUUGCCAUACUUACUUAAGAACUCUCCAGCGGUCAAAAUUGAGUUUGACUUCACAGAUUGAUGAAAGACAUAUACAUGCUUAACUCUUGGGGUUGUUGAUCUAUGCACUCAAAGAAUCCCAUGCGGCUCAAUAUGGUGACAGUUUGUUGCUUUCUUGAAGACAGGGCCUAAGGAAUGGUUAGGUUCUCAAUGUCUUUUACUACAUUUUAGACCUAAAGCAAGGAAAUUUCAUAGCAAUGAUGGUAGCUGGAAGCUUAGAACUUUUGAGAAUUCAUCUCUACUGUAGGUUUUCUUUUUCAAAUUUUAUUUUCCGUUCGUAGCAAUGGCUAAUUUGAGACUCCAAAACAGGCCUCGAAGUUGAGUUUUGACAAUUGAACAUAAACCCAAGUAUGUGAAGAAUCUGCUCUUCAGACUAUUAGAAUCGUUUGGGUAUUCUCUGUUUUUAGAUGAAAUUUAUAAAAAAUCAUGGAAUUUUGUAGUUUUAA